UUUUGUUGCUUGCUUGUUUCUUUGUUUGUUUGCUUUUAUCUUGAGGAGCCAAAAGAGGAAGAAAUGACUGAAGAAGAAAAAGCAGCUCAGAAAGCCAAGCCAGUGGCAACCACCCCUAUUCCAGGAACCCCAUGGUGUGUGGUGUGGACCGGUGAUGAGCGUGUUUUCUUCUAUAACCCUACCACACGUCUUUCCAUGUGGGACAGGCCAGAUGACCUUAUUGGAAGAGCUGAUGUAGACAAAAUUAUUCAAGAACCUCCUCACAAAAAAGGAAUGGAAGAAGGGAAAAAACUCAUUAGAGAAGAGCAUGAAUCUAUAGAAGAAGCAAAUGAGGAUGAGCCAAUUAAAAUUAAAAAGCGCAAGAAGGAUGAUAACAAAGAUAUUGACUCAGAGAAGGAGGCUGCUAUGGAAGCUGAAAUUAAAGCUGCUCGAGAGAGAGCCAUCGUCCCUUUGGAGGCCCGGAUGAAACAAUUCAAGGACAUGCUUCUAGAAAGAGGGGUCUCUGCUUUUUCAACAUGGGAGAAAGAACUGCACAAGAUAGUUUUUGAUCCUCGUUAUUUACUUCUCAACCCUAAAGAAAGAAAACAGGUAUUUGAUCAGUAUGUGAAAACCCGAGCAGAAGAAGAGCGCAAGGAGAAGAAAAACAAAAUAAUGCAGGCCAAGGAGGAUUUCAAGAAAAUGAUGGAAGAAUCAAAGAUUAACCCGAGAACUACUUUUAGUGAAUUUGCAGCCAAGCAUGCUAAAGACUCGAGAUUCAAGGCAAUUGAAAAGAUGAAAGAUCGAGAGGCCUUGUUUAAUGAGUUUAUCGCAGCGGCAAGAAAGAAGGAAAAGGAAGAUUCGAAGACCAGGGGUGAGAAGAUCAAAAUGGACUUCUUUGAACUACUGGCUAACCACCACCUGGACAGUCAGUCUCGCUGGAGCAAAGUGAAGGACAAAGUAGAGACUGACCCUCGUUACAAAGCUGUGGAUAGCUCUUCACAGAGGGAAGACCUUUUCAAACAGUACAUUGAAAAAAUAGCUAAGAAUUUAGAUUCUGAAAAGGAAAAGGAGCUGGAAAGACAAGCUCGCAUCGAAGCAAGUUUGCGUGAACGAGAAAGAGAAGUGCAGAAAGCUCGAUCAGAGCAAACCAAGGAGAUCGACAGAGAGCGUGAGCAGCACAAACGGGAGGAAGCUAUACAGAACUUCAAAGCACUGCUGUCUGACAUGGUGCGUUCCUCAGAUGUGUCGUGGUCUGACACCAGAAGGACCCUGCGCAAAGAUCACCGAUGGGAGUCUGGCUCCUUGCUGGAAAGAGAAGAGAAAGAAAAGCUCUUCAAUGAGCACAUCGAAGCACUUACCAAAAAGAAGAGGGAACACUUCAGGCAACUUCUGGAUGAAACUUCAGCGAUAACUUUAACAUCGACAUGGAAAGAAGUAAAAAAAAUCAUUAAAGAAGACCCGAGGUGCAUUAAAUUUUCGUCAAGUGACCGGAAAAAACAAAGGGAGUUUGAGGAGUACAUUAGAGACAAAUACAUUACUGCCAAAGCUGACUUCCGAACACUCUUGAAGGAGACCAAAUUUAUAACAUACAGAUCCAAAAAGCUGAUCCAGGAGUCAGACCAGCAUCUGAAGGAUGUGGAGAAGAUACUACAAAACGACAAGCGCUAUCUGGUGCUCGACUGCGUGCCGGAGGAGCGACGCAAACUCAUCGUGUCCUACGUGGACGACCUGGACCGCCGAGGUCCGCCCCCGCCGCCCACAGCCUCGGAGCCGACGAGACGGACGACAAAGUAGCGCUGAGGUCACUGAAGGCAAGAGUAUCUGUUAAAUCAAAAAGCUUGCAUGAGCCAUCUGUCGGGUUUAUACAUAUACAUUACCGUGAAUAUAUUGCAAAACCAUCUUAGGAACAGAGGAGAAAGCAGUAUUUGUGAACGUAAAAUGGUCUCUGUAUAAAAGUAGAAAAUGUAUAUAAAAAGAGGAGGAAAAAAGAACGUGGCGAUUAUUUAUGAGUUUCUGAGGGCAGGACUGGUGGGGCCCAGCUGUGCUGACUGUGCCGGGUGUCCUGGAGCAGUGGGGCAGGAGGGGCAGAGUGGUGCAGCUCCCAGAGCUGUGCGUGGGGCUCAGAUGCGAGCGUGGCCCUGGGGCUGGCUGGCUGUGAAGGUGAGAUGCUGCCGUAGCUGAAACUGCUGAUGGCUGAGGGCUGCGUUGUGGUAACAGGUGCCGAUUCCGUGCUUGAUUGCACCCUUGUAUGUGGUGAUAAAUCCAUUGGAGCCCGAGUUAAAACCAAAAGAAGAAUUAGCACUGCAGAGACCAAAUUAAAUUUGCUCACAGGUCUGCUUUGUUCCUUACCCUAUCCAUGGAUUAGAAACAAAAUCAGGUUGCUCUGCCCAGGCAAAGAUCUGUCCAAUGAUUUUUACUCCAGUUGGAAAGAUGUGGCUGUAGCAGUGGCUACCCAACAGAGCAGGACGGUUGUAUAAAUGUUUUUAUUUACGAUAAGUGAUCUUUGCAUACUUCUGGAUUAGACUGUGGAUUCCCCUUCUGGGCAAUUCUUGUAAACUAUACUCCUGUUUUGAAUGUUAAACUUGUGUUUCUAAAGUUUAAUUUUGAAAUGUUGGGAUUGUUCAGUUUAUGUAUUUGAACUACAAUAAACCAACUCCUUUUUUAUAUGGAUUGUACAGGCCUAACGCCAGUUUUUGUUGGGUUUUGUUGGAGUUGUGAAUACAAGAGCAGAGCAAAGAACUGAAGUCCUAUUGCCUAAAAUGUUGGCUGUGUUUUGCCAAACUGUGUGAUACUGUACAGCAUCAAAUUAAAUUUCAUAAACAUUCA